AUGGGGUUGUUGCGCCUGCACAUCGAUGGGACAAUUUUUCGAGAUUCCCAGAAUCGAGAGGUUGUUAUCAGGGGUAUCAACGUUGCAGGUGACUCCAAAUAUCCCAAAACGCCUGACGUGCCUUCCUAUGUCCCAGACCGGUUCUUCGACGGAGAUAAUGUCUCGUUUGUAGGCCGGCCAUUCUCGUUGGAGGAUGCCCAUACUCAUUUCAAGCGUCUGAGAAAGUGGGGAUAUAAUACAAUCCGGUAUAUCUUCACUUGGGAGGCCAUCGAGCACGCAGGCCCGGGGCGGUAUGAUCAGGAGUGGAUUGCAUUCACCAUCGAAGUGCUGAGAAUAGCGAAGAAAUAUGAGUUCUAUGUCUUCAUGGACCCACAUCAGGAUGUGUGGUCUCGAUUUUCUGGCGGUUCCGGAGCACCAAUGUGGACGCUCUAUGCAGCCGGUCUGGAUCCAAAAGGUUUCCUUAAGACCGAAGCGGCUCUAGUCCAAAACACAUACGAGAAUCCUGCCGAAUUUACGAAAAUGAUAUGGAGCACAAACUACACCCGCCUUGUGUGUCAAACGAUGUUCACCCUCUUUUGGGCUGGCCGCGACUUCGCCCCAAAGGCCAUAAUUGACGGCAUGAAUAUACAAGACUACCUUCAAAAUCACUUUAUCGCAGCCUGCAAAUACCUGGCUCAAAGGAUCCACGAAGCUGGCGAUCUCGAGCAUGAGGUGGUGAUUGGUUGGGAGAGUAUGAAUGAGCCUCAUCGAGGUCUUGUUGGCAUACAGGACAUCUCUGUGAUUCCACCAGAGCAACAGCUCCAGCUUGGGACAUCCCCCACAGCAUUUCAAGCAAUGCUGACUGGAUCUGGUCGUGCAUGCGAGGAGACAACUUGGGCUGUUGGUGGAUUCGGACCGUACCAAACUGGCAGAGAACUUGUGGACCCAGAGGGAGAGUCUGCAUGGCUUUCAGCUGAUUAUGAUGAUAGUAAAUACGGCUGGCAACGAGAUAUUAAUUGGAAGCUUGGGAAGUGCCUUUGGGCUCAACAUGGUGUCUGGGACCAAGAAACCGAUUCCCUUUUACAAAAGGAUUACUUCUCCAAAGUCCCGACUACAGGUGAAAAGCUGAGCUAUGAGAUAUUCACUAACACUUACUUCUUGAACCACUAUCGCAAAUACAGAGAUGCCAUUCGAGACGUGUGGCCUGCUGCUAUCCUUCUUUGCCAACCACCUGUGAUGGAAGUUCCGCCAGACAUCAAAGGAACCAUCGAUGACGAUCCCAAUAUGGUCCACGCUGUUCACUUUUACGAUGGCUUGACUCUUAUGACCAAACACUGGAAUCGACUCUAUAAUGUGGAUGUUAUUGGCGUUCUCCGUGGGAAGUAUUGGACUCCCGCUUUUGCAGUCAAGAUCGGGGAGACCGCGAUCCGCAACUGUCUACGUGACCAGCUCAUGUUCCUUCGCGCCGAGAGCUUAAAUUACAUGGGCAACCAUCCGUUGAUUUUCACUGAGAUUGGAAUUCCAUACGAUAUGGACAAAAAGCAUGCAUAUGAGACAGGAGACUACAGCAGCCAGACUAGCGCUAUGGAUGCAAAUCACUUUGCGCUUGAAGGGAGCAUGUCUAAUGGCUUUACAUUGUGGCUUUACCAGGCAGAGAAUAACCAUGAAUGGGGCGAUCGCUGGAAUGGAGAAGAUCUGUCUAUUUACUCGUUAGAUGAUUUGGAGCUUCCAACAAAGACUGCAACGCGGUCUCUAAAUCCCCAUUCCCCGGCAUACUCCGAAAGCCACAGCAGUGGAGAUGAGCCAGAGGUUGGUCCAGGGAAUCUGAAAGGUGCCCUUACAUCGCCUUCGAUUUCCAGUAUCAGCUCUCAGCCAUCGCCAAAGGGCUACCGUGCAGCCGAGGCCUUUGUCCGGCCAAGUCCCAUUUAUGUUAGCGGCACUCUGGAUAGUCAUGGUUUUGAUCUCCAGAAUUGCACGUUCUCCAUGUCCCUGACUGCCAAAGCAUCUACUCCGUCCGAGAGCCCGACUGAAAUAUAUAUCCCUGAAUUUCACUUCCCUGGGAACGAAACCAUCAUCACGGUCAGUGGUGGUAAAUGGGAUAUUGACUUUCAGCAAAUCGGACCCAUCAGUAUGCAACGACUUCGAUGGUGGCAUGCAGAAGGAGAACAGGACAUCAGGAUUGAAGGGGUCAAGCGCAAGACAGGAGAAUAUGCUAAUCCUUCCGGGGAGGACGUGACUUAUCUUGAACAGUGUCAGAAAGGCGAUUGCCAAAUAAUGUGA